AGGCAUUUUCUGCUGGCGGAUAACUGUCAGGACACACCUAGAAUUGCUAGAUAACAGCCAAGGACAGAAAGAAAUAUAUCUCCAGCUAUAUCCAGACACAGGUUAAUCUGGUUCUAUCACACACUGAAGGAAACUCAGAGCAAGUAGAAGUAUCAUUGAUAUAUGGAUGAUGGAGCAAUAUCUACUGUACAUAUUGAUGUCGCUGAUCCCUUUCUCGUCUACCUCUUCUGAUUCUACUCAAGGAACCACUUGUAAAAGUGACACAUAGCGUCCUCUCAAAUUCCACUGAUCAGUUGAACUGCAGAGCAUAUGGGCAUUCCCCCAAGAACAUCUCCAUGGCAUGGUACCAGAAUAAAGAGGCAGUACGCAAUAACCAGUCAGCAGAGACCUUACAACUUCCUGACUUGACCUACCUUACCUCGCUAAAAUUGAAUAUCACCACGCACCAUGAUGAGGUCUACAAUUGCCAUGUCAAUCACAGCAGCCUAAAAUCAACACUUGUGGUAAAAUGGGGGCACACUGAAGAGUCAACUGAACCCAUUGGAGCAAUACUUACAAUAUGUUUGGCUGCAGUCGUGAUCUUUGUUAUCACAAUAAUUGUUUCUGUAUUGAUUACAAAGUUGAGGAAAAAAAAGUGAUGGUUCACUAUGUGAUAGAAACGCUGAUAUGUCUGAUUAUAAAUGAUGAUAAAAGAUCCCAAUAUUACUUUGACCAAUUUUGUUUACCAUAUGAUUAUAAACAUUACAGUCAUACAGGAAAUAAAAUAGUUUUUAAUCCUCUGA